AUGAAAAAUGGAACACCAGCAAAGAAGGAAGAGAAAAGAAGUAAAAGUGAUGAUAGUCGAUGGAAAGUUAUGAAUAAAAAUAUUGGAAAUGUCAUGUCAAAAAGUCUCCCAAGUUUCAAUAAGGUAACAGGAAUUCUGAAUGAUCAUUUGUUUAAUUCAAUAAAAUUUCAGAAUAAUGUAGCCGCCAAUGGUGCAGAUGGUAAAGUAAUUGUAGAAGUUGAAGGUGGUAAAAAGAAGAAAAAGAAGAAGCGAAAAGAAACCGAAGAAGAAGAACAACCUGAUCAAAUUGAUCCAGAAAUUUUGGCUAGAAAAGAACAGGAGAAAAAACAAAAAGUAAUGAUUGCAAAUGAAGAUGCGAGAAAAAAAACAAUGUGGAGACACAUUGCAUGGCUUGUUAUACUUUUUGCGUUUUCUUUAUUAGGUGGAGUUGUAUUUAGUGCUAUCGAAGGUGCAUAAUUUUCUAUUCAUGAAAAUAAACAUUCUAAACUUGUUUUUUCAGGAGGACAUGAAACAACUUUGCUAAUGAAAAAAUAUCAAACGGAAAAAGAAAUUUUUGAGCGACGUCAUAAUUAUCAAGAACAACUUAUUCAAAGACUUCGCGAUAUUGAACAAGAUGAAAAUGUACCACGAACAACUACAAAAGAAAAUUAUCAAUUAGAACAAUCACGACAAGCUUUAACUUGGUAUGAAAACAAACUCGGAUUAUUUGUGCAAGAACCUGAAAUUCGAGAAACUAAAUGGAAUCUUUGGGGAGGCGUUUAUUAUUCAGCAAGUCUUUACACAACUAUUGGUUACGGCAAUUUUCAUCCAGAAACAAAAAGUGGACGUAUUAUUUCAAUGUUGUAUGCUUGUAUUGGAAUUCCGCUAGUUUUUACAAUUUUAUUGGAGUGGGGAUUUUUAUAUUUCACAUGGAUUGAAUACGGUUGGAAUCGAUUUAACGAAAAUUUCUGUCAGAAGUUAGUUUCUCAAUUUUUGAAAAGAAACAGAAUGUGUACAGCCCGAGAAAAAAUUUCAGAAGUCUUCAACGUGAGAUGCAACGUAGAGUUCGCCGCGAAAGAAUUCGCCGAGUUGGGAGUGAAUUAUCAUUAAAUUCCACAAGCCCUCUACUUCAUAGAACAACCACAAAUCUAUCAAAUCCAGUUCAACAUGUACUAUUUUUGAUUAUUUAUGAUAACCCAAAUAUAAGAAUAUUUUCAGAUCGAAUCGAAUCACCCAUUAACACCUCUAGAUGUAGAUGUUCCAAUGGGUGAACAAGUUCAAACAGUUCCAAUCAAAGCAGCUGGUCUUUUCUUUUUCCUGUGGAUUGUGAUUUCGGCUUUUAUAGUUCGCCUUUGGGAAUACGAAUGGACCUAUUUCACAGCCUUUUAUUUCUUCUUCACUUCUUUGACAACUAUCGGAUUGGGUGAUGUUGUUACGAAAACUCCAAACUUUAUUAUUUUCAAUUUGGCAAUGACACUUAUUGGUUUAUCAGUUGUUGGACUAUGUGUAGCCAUUGUACAGGUAUGUUGGGAAACAUACAUUACUAAAUGUUUCAUCAAAAAACUUCAGGCAAAAGUGAAACUAGUUUUCGAUCGAAUGUUACGAAGUAUCGAUGCUCAAUAUCGUAUUCGACAAGUUGAUCCUCAUGUUGCCACAAUGAGUAUAGUGGAAGAUGAAGAAGAAGGUGUCAAAAGACUUAUUCAAUCACAAUCUUUAGAAGAUCGUGUUGUAUUUUUGUUUGUUGAUGAACAUAAAAAACAAAUGUUAAAGGAGAGAUGGAAGCAGAAAAGUUCGAUGGUUAAUAGGUAUUUGAAAUUAUUUUUUCCCCAUUUCAUAAUUAUUUUUUGAAGAAUAACCCAAACUUACCCAUCAAAAGCCGACAAAUAUGUUCAAACUGGCCAACGCGUUUAUAACCAACCAAAUGAAUCAGGUGAAGAUAUGAGCGAUGAAGAUGAAGAUGAGGAAAAUGUUGAAUAUGACGAUCAAGGCAAUAAGAUUGUGAUUCCACCAGUUCGACGAUAUAUUUACACUGUUUUCGAUUAA